GAUGGGUUAUCUCCUCUCCUCUCCGCCCCUCAGCAUCACCUUGCCGCCGGAUUCGACCAUGUCCGCCGCCGCCGCCUUGGACCCUCUACUCCGGUAAUAGAAGCUUCCUUUCCCCUCACGGUGGGGCGUGGUGCCGCCCGGCGAUAGCCUGCGGAACAGGUUGCUGCUCAGGCCCUCAGCAGGACCCAGACGAGUGCGCGGAGAGGAGAGUCGUGCGGCACGGCAAGGGCGGCGUGGCAUGCGGCGGGGGGCUGGGCUGCCGCGGUAGACCAGGAAACCCAGGCGGCGGCGGCGGAAUGCGCGCUGCAGUGUCGGGACAAGCAGGCAUCCGAGGCAAAAUCGUAAAGGAAUAACAGCCUCGCAGUAGGAUCAAAGAUGUUAACUCCGGUGCAAAGCCAUGAGCUGUACCUUAGCAGCUUUGCAUGAUUCUGUAAUCAUGCAGUUGCCUCCAUGGCUCUAAAGGUUGCAUCUUGCAUUCGGUUUGCAAGACCACGCCUAUUAUGGAGCAUGCUAACAUACCACCCUUGCUCGGAUGCACCUGCUGCUCGUGCUUGCGAGGCUGCAGGGAGUUCUGCUGCGUUUGAGUCUGCAAUCCGGUCACUCAAGAACAAUCUCCAGCCAGAGAGGCUGACCCGUGUUCUUGAUUCUACUUCAGAUUUGAACUUGGCCCUUCGGAUCUUCAAAUGGGCAUCAAGUCAGAGAAUUUUUGUUCAUACGGCUGACACAUAUGCCUGCAUGAUCUCCAAGCUCGGUGCUGUUGGGAAUUGUGAUGAGAUGGACAUCCUCCUAAAGGAGAUGAUCAAAUUGAAUGUUCCUGUGUUGGAUAAAAUCUUGAACGAUCUAGUUCAAUACCUGAUUAGUAAAAACCGUUACGAUGAAGCAUUGCUGGUGGUUCAGAAUGCUUGCUCUGGGAAACUCAAGUUGUCAGUCUCAUCUUGCAAUGUUGUGUUGUGUGGUUUGGCCAAGGAAGGGAGGGGCUUGCGACCAUUCGUUCGUGCGUACAUGGAGAUUGUGAAGGCUGGAGUUCUUCCUGAUGCGGACACCUUGAAUUGGUUAAUUGAGGCCUUGUGUGGAGCUGGCCGUUUGGACCUGGCACUGAUUCAGUUUGACAGGAUGAGCAAGAAAAGAUGUACUCCAAAUAGCCAUACUUUCAAGAUACUCAUAACUGCACUUUGUUCCCAUGGCAGAGCGGAUGAAUCAGUUGAACUCUUUGAGAAGAUGCUGCAGCUGAGAUGCAUUCCUGAUAUCAGCUUUUAUUUUCAAGUGUUGCCCGUGUUUUGUAAGUUCAAUAAACCCAAGGAGGCAAGUAAAUUGCAUCAAAUGAUGAAACAAAAUGGCCUUCAGUUGGAUCUACAUUUGUAUAGUGCCUUGAUUAGAUGUCUGUGUGAGAACCGACUACUGGAUGCUGCAGUCACCACAUUUAAAGAGAUGACAGCGUCUGGUCACACACCAAUGGCAAAUACAUAUGUUAAUGUUGUAGAUUGCUACUGUACAUUCGCACAGUUCCACAAAGCUGUGAGUUUUCUUGAGGAAAAUGAUGUUGCAGAAACAGAACCAUAUAAUGUACUGCUGAGGGCAUUCGGUAAAGCCGCUAGACUGCGAGAUUCAGUUAGCUAUCUUGAGGAAUUUCAAAAAAGGGGAUUGGUUGAUUGUCAGUCAUGGAACACAGUAAUCACUCAGUUCUGUAAUGAAGGGAACAUUAGAAGAGCAUCUGAGCUUAUAGGUAGAAUGGUACUUUCUUCUUUUACAGCUGAUGAGAGUACUUAUUCUUCUGUUGUAUCAUGUUACUGCCGGUUAGGGUUGUACAAGAAUGCCCUAGAUAUGUUCAGAAAAGUCAGUGUUGGGAACUUGUUACUGAAUUCAGAAUCUUUCUCGCAGCUGGUAGAAUGUUUAUGCCACACGAAGAGGAUCCAAGAAGCUGCCGAAGUUUUUAAAUAUCACUGUAAAAGAGGUUGCAGCCUUAGAAGCAAGUCACUUGAUAUGUUAAUUCAAGGGAGCUGUAUGGCUGGAAUGAUACGUGAAGCAAUCAGAAUGCGUUCACUAGCUGUUUGCACUGGCACUUCUUGUACAUUUUCUACUUAUAACACAAUCAUCCAAGCACUAUUCCAAUUGAAGAAGGAGAAGGAUGCAUUGCUUAUCCUUGCUCAGAUGCUGAUGGAGGGUUGUGUAUUGGACAGCUAUGCAUACAAUGUUCUCUUGCGUUGCUUCCUCACCAAGGAGACAGUUCUUGAGGCAGCUAUCUUGUUCAACAGAAUGGUGAAUGAUGGCUUUGUUCCUGACCAAGAGACAUUUGAACUGUUAGUCCCUGAUAUGGCCGUGUUUUCUUUACUUAGCACGGUUUCAGAAAGUUUACUAAAAGUGGUAAAUAUAGAUGGAGUGAUGAGCCCUAGAAUUUCUAACAUUAUUAUUUAUGGCCUUAUCAAAGAAGGCUUCAAGAAUGAGGCGUGUAAGUUUCUAGAUCAAAUGCUAGACAAGGGAUGGGUACCUGAUUCAAAAACACAUAGUGUAUUGGUUGGCACCGUUGAUGGAAAGGAGGCUACAGAAGUUAACAAUGUAUAUCAAAAAACUGAUGAUGACAUUGUGAGCAACAUACUGUUGGAGGGACUAGAGUGAGAGUCUGAUGCAAAAAAGAUUAUCUUCUUCUUUUGUGCAAUAUUGAAGAGGGAGCAUUUUCAGCUCAGGCGGUCCUCAUUGAGAUAAAAUGUUGGAUGCUCAAACAACUUAGGUGCUGCAAAUGCGAGGGUGUUGGAACUAGAAAGACUUCAAGCUGACGAGAUGUUUGUAGGAGAUUAAUUGCUUCACGUGCCACCCUUUGUUGUAGUCAUUUAGCAUCCUGAUCUGGAUGUCUUCUUGACAGCUACAGCACAGUGCAGAGACGAGGUGUCGUGCUUACACGGUUGGGGCGGCGUGGUCUCAACGGAGAAACGGCGCAACGGUGGAGGGAAGAUAGCUGGAGUGGAGAAGAAGCUUGAAGACUUGGAAGAAGAUGCACAGGCCAAUUUGGUACUUUGAGCCAUGCCGGAAUACAGUGUGCAAUACACUUGGGUAGUAUUCAUGUGAAAUUGACAGGAAAUGAGGAUAAUGGCAUUUUAUGAUUGGACCUUGGACCUGUGUUUCUUUUGAAAGGAACCAUAAUUCCAUUCUUUUAAAGAAAAUCUCUUCUGUUAACCUAUCCA